AUGUCGACAUCCGAGCAUCCUGAGGCGCCUUCAGCUCUGCCAAAAGUUAAUUCAGCUGAGUCCUAUACUUACGACAACCUCACGGGGUGGAAGAGCGUACGUAUCCUUCGCAUCGGAAGGGGGAUGUAUCACGAUGUCCGGAGGCGUCUUCCCUAUUACUGGAGUGAUAUCCGCGAUGCGUGGACGUAUAGAACUGUCGCCAGUAUCAUUCGCAUGUACUUUGUGAAUAUUCUCCCGGCUAUAGCGUAUACACUGGAUAUGUACCGAAGAACUGGGCAAUUUUAUGGUAUUAACGAAGCGCUCUUCUCAUCCGCCCUGGCAGCGAUGGUAUUCAGCAUCCUUGCAGUGCAGCCUCUAACCAUCGUCGGUAUCACGGGGUUGAUCUCUCUGUUCAACUACACCAUAUAUGACAUUAUCAAGAUCUAUGAGCCCUCUAUCUACCCCCAAUUUAUGUGUUGGGUGGGUAUCUGGGGCGCCAUAUUCCACUGGAUUGUUGCUUUGUGCAACAUAUGCGACUACAUGCGCUACGUCACGGAUUUCUCGAGUGAAGCAUUCGGCUUCUAUGUCGGAACGAUUUAUAUUAGCAAGGGUGUGCAGGAACUAAUCAGCGAGUUCACUAGCAACAGUUAUACCGCUGGCUUUAUGAGUUGCAUGAUCGCAAUACUCUAUUUCUUGACAAUCUACAGCCUGGAGACUAUUGGAUCGAGUACCAUCUGGAGACCUGCUUUCCGGGGUUUGCUGGCGGAUUAUGCAUACGUGGUAGGGACAAUUUUCUGGGUGGGGUUUUCGCACAUCCCUGGUCCGCUCAAAGCAGCAGAUAUAUCCCGUGUCCCUAUCAGCAAAGCCUUUUUCCCGACACAGCCGCGAGGCUGGCUGAUUCACUUUUGGGAACUGGACGCCAAAUGGAUUUUUGUGGCGCUGCCGUUUGGAUUUCUGGUCAUGCUGCUCUUCUACUAUGAUCAUAACGUCAGUAGCCUGACGGCACAAGCGCGGCAAUUUCCAUUGAAGAAGCCUGCUGGAUUCCAUUGGGACUUUUUCCUUCUCGGAUGCACCACCUUUAUUUCGGGCAUUAUUGGUAUUCCUUUUCCUAACGGAUUGGUACCGCAGGCACCCGUACACACAGAUUCAUUGACCAUCUAUGAAACGGAUCUCCACAUUGUGUCAACUGAGGAAGGAGAGGGGGCCGAGAUCCGCCGUUCGAUAGUCAAGGCAACUGCAGUGGUAGAACAACGCAUAUCGCAUUUCGUCAUGGGGCUGGCUAUUAUUGGCACUAUGACGGGCCCCCUCCUAAUCGUUCUCCAUACUAUGCCUGCUGCGGUAUUCGCAGGAGUUUUUUUCAUUGUGGGAUGGGGCUCUAUUGGAUCUAGCGGCAUCAUGCAAAAAGCGGUUUACCUCAUUCGGGAGGACCGUUUUGUGCAACGUGACGAACCUCUUCUGAAAGUGCAGAACCGCAAGAUCCUACUGUGGAUUGCGUGCCAGCUCAUUGGGGUUGCAGCCUGCGUCGCCAUCUCCGAGACAAUCGCUGCUAUUGGUUUCCCUGUGUUGAUCAUCGCUCUAAUACCAUUUCGGGUGUGGAUCAUUCCUAAAUGGUUUUCUGGGGAUGAAAUAGGUGUACUGGACGAUAUGACGGCCGACAAUAAAGCCGUUCUAGCCAGUCUCGGCGGAUCACCGAAAUUCCCCGGAGAGGAGCGUCUGCGGGACUACGGAAUUGAGCGCCGGUACUCGGAGCAGAAGAGGGGAAUCAGCAGACAAAGAGCUGGCAGUGUACAUCGCUAA